UAUUCAUAUAAGAAACAAUGGCUGUCACCGAUAACGAAAAAAUCCGUAAACAAGUCAACUUUUACUUCUCUGACUCCAAUUUGCCUUAUGAUAAGUUUUUAUGGACUCUCCGUGCUAAUACUCCUGAAGGAUGGAUUCCUAUCGAAACCAUUGCUAGUUUCAAGAAGAUGAAGAUGAUUACUGAAGACUUUGAUACUGUUGUCAAGGCUCUUAAAGAAGUUGAAAGCGAUAUCUACGAACUUGAUGCCGAAGACAAGAAAAUCAGAAGAAAGACUGAAGUUGUCCAACAAGACCACACUUCUCGUUCCAUUUACGUUUCUGGUUUGCCUUUAGUUGAUGUGGAUGCUCAAGAUCCUGUUGCUGAACUGUUUAAAUUACAAGAUAAGAUUGAAGAUCUCUUUGCUGAAAAGGGUCAAAUUCUUUGUGUUCGUUUAAAGAAGACUGAUGAUCGUCCCAAGAAGUUCAAGGGUGCUGCCUAUAUUGAAUUCAACACUCCUGAAGUUGCUAAACAAGUUGCUGAUUUAAAGGAAAUCGAACUUGACGGUCAAAAGCUCGAAAUUUUGUACAAGCCUGAUUAUCAUGCAAAGAAGGCUGAGGAAUACAAGAACGCCCCCAACACCAAUAGAAAGAGAAAGCAAAACUUCAAUGCUUUCAAAAGCUACAACCAAAAUUCCAACAAGAGAAAGAACAAUGGUGGUUUCAACAAGUCUAGCAAGAAAACCAAGACUGAAGAAAAACCUGUUGAAGAAAAGCCUGCAGAAGAAAAGCCUGCAGAAGAAAAGAAAGAAGAAUAAAUCCCAUUGUACACAAUCACAACUCCUCCAAAAAGAAAACAGCAUUUACAUAAAUAAACUAUAUUAUUUUAUUAUUUCAUAAA